UCCUGUUAGAAGGAUGAGCAAAAAAAUUUGUGACCUUUUUUGACCCUAACCCUAACCCUAACGAAUCAGCACCAUUGCUCGUCCAGGUGUCCGGAUUCAGGCUUCGGCUUGGGAUGUCAAACCACCAUUCUACCUCCGCCGCUGAAAAAUAUUCCGCUGCUUGAUCUUUAGACUGAAGGAAGCUCUGCAUAGCUAUGAGGGCACUCUUUCCCAACGUACUGCCCAAUCCCAACUCUCUCUCCCGCUCCAAAUUCCCAAUUCGAUGCUUCGGAUGCCAAAUCCGACAAAACUCUUCGUCCAAAAUCUGGUCUUUCUCCGUCGAGAACAAUGUCCGUUCAAUGUCUGCUUCACCUGCGAACGCAGCUGCAUCGACGCUUCCCAGCCGGAGAUCCUCUUCUUCAUCUUCCCUCUAUGCUCGCCCAAGUUUGCUCGAAAUGAAGAAGGAGAAAGCGGAGAACCGAACCAGAGCCUAUGAAUUCCUGCGCAAACUCGGCAUUGUGCCUGACGAGCUCGACGGGCUGGAGCUCCCGGCGACGGUGGAGGUAAUGAAGGAGCGCGUCGAUUUCCUCCAUUCAUUGGGCCUCACCAUUGAUGACAUCAACAACUACCCUUUAGUUCUCGGUUGCAGUGUGAAGAAGAACAUGAUUCCUGUUCUGGAUUACCUCGGCAAGCUGGGUGUUCGGAAAUCCACCUUCACCGAUUUCCUCCGGCGAUACCCGCAGGUCCUUCACUCAAGCGUCGUCAUCGAUCUGAUGCCUGUUGUCAAAUACCUCCAAGGAAUGGAUAUAAAGCAGAGUGACAUUCCCAGUGUCCUUGAAAGAUACCCAGAGCUCCUCGGCUUCAAAUUGGAGGGGACGAUGAGUACCUCUGUGGCAUAUCUGAUUGGAAUUGGAUUGGCAAGAAGGAAACUUGGAGAAAUCCUCACUCGCUAUCCAGAAAUUCUAGGCCUGCGUGUGGGGAGAGUUAUCAAGCCAUUUGUUGAGUACCUUGAGUCUCUUGGAUUGCCCAGGCUUGCUGUGGCAAGAUUGCUUGAGAAGAAGCCUCACAUGCUCGGUUACAGCUUGGAGGACCAAGUGAAGCCCAAUGUGGCAGCUCUGUUGCAGUUUGGUGUAAGGGAAGACUCAGUGAGUUCAGUAAUUGCUCAAUAUCCUGACUUGUUGGGGAUUGAAUUGAAGGAGAAGCUGCUCUACCAACAGAGCUUUUUCGAGUCGAAUUUGCUUGCAAACAGUGAAGAGUUUGGGAGGAUCAUUGAGAAAAUGCCUCAGGCCAUUGUGCUUGGCAGCAAGGUUGUGUUGAGGCAUAUUGAUUUCCUGCAACAAUGUGGAUUGUCUUUGAAGCAAGUGAGGAAGAUGGUCAUUGCAUGCCCACAGUUACUUGCAUUGGACAUAGAUGUGAUGAGAAUGAGCUUUCAGUAUUUUCAGAUGGAGAUGGAGAGGGAUGUGGAGGAUCUUGUGGAGUUUCCAGCUUUCUUUACUUACAGUGUCGAGUCGACCGUGAAGCCCCGGCAUAAGAUGAUAGCUAAGAAGGGAUUGAAGUGUUCUCUGGCAUGGAUGCUUGCAUGCAGUGAUUAUAGGUUUGAGGAGCGCAUGAAAUAUGACUCUAUUGGAGUUGAGGAAAUGGAAACUCAGCCAUCUUUUGGCAUGGAAUCCUUGUUGGAGCCAAGGGAGGAAGAGGAAGAGGAAGAAGAAGAUGAGUAUGAGGAUGAUGACAGUGAUGAAGAUGAUGAAUUUAUGUGAAUUGUAUUUGUCUAUAAGUUGUGUGUUAUAGUUUGUUUUCUACUCAAAAGGGAUGGGCUUUCUCACUGAUUGGAAUUAGUGGAAUCACUCUUUAGGACAAUUAUAGUCUACACAAGAUGUGCAACUUGGAGAAUGUUGCAUGUAGCUAUUGCUCCCAUUCUGUUGCUAUGCAAUUGAGUUAGAAUAUUUUGACCUGCCUA